AUGGACGCGGAAGGGCGAUCAAGCAUCCGCAGCGGCACGAGCAGCGCGGCCGGGUCGGCCGCUGCCAGCGCAUCAGAGGCAGCGCGUCCUCAGCCUCAACCCCAAGGCUCUUCGCCCGCUGCGCCACCGCGCGGGAGGCAAUGCCGCUUCUACGGCACCCCGUCCGGCUGCCGCGCCGGCCAACAGUGUCCAUUCGCCCAUGACGCCUCUGCCUCCACCGGUCAGCCUGCAACGACCCGCCCUGCGCGUCAACGUCGGCAGGCGGCCAUCGUUGCGGAUCCCGAACGCAGCGAAGCUUCUGCUGCAGUGCCAACAUCCACCACACCGACUCCGCAGCAGCAGCAGCGCAGCGCGCGCGUGGUGCAGCGUCCAACUCCACGCGCCCAGCAGGACGAUCCGCGCGAGUUUCAGUUGGCGCAGAUCCGCCGCAGAUUUAGCCCGGAAGAAUCACUGGACGCGAGCUCCGGCGCGACCAUUCUGGCAUUCGGGAUGAAACCCUCAGACCCCGACUUCCCUUUCGACAUUGACGAGCUGGCGUGUCGCCUUCGCGUGCCUGCCACCUACCCGAUCCAGGGCCGUCCGUCGCUGAGCGUCACCAACGCCGCCAUGGACAGGGGCUUUCAGAUCAACGUCGAGAAGGGCUUCGAUGCCCUCGCACAGCGCCAGCUCCCGAAUCAGACUCUAUUGACAUUGAUGAACGCGCUGGACCGCCAGCUGGAGCAAUUGCUGACCGCGCCGCCUGCCGAGACCUUCUCUAUCAAAAUAGUUCCGAAUGCGGCGGCCAGGGCCGUGCCGAAGCAUGGGGAGCAUGCCGUCCAGCGGCAGGCCCCCACCCCGCCGGCGCCGGUCGUCGUCGUGCAACCCCAAGUAGCGCCGGCGCAGCCGAGAGAAAGUCCACCGCCGCCAGCUCAACCUGCAUACAGCCCUGAGCAGAGGGCGCAGGCCCAAGCGCGGCGUGGCCAGGAAACGCGCCAGCUUGAGGCUCGUCUCGGUCGGCUGCCCCAGUUCUCCACUCUGGCGGAUGGCGCGUUUAUCAUGCCUGUCGAGCCCAGGCGCAGGGCUGCAUUGCCCAUUGCGCUGCAGGCCGUCAAGACGGUGAAGCUGCUGGUGCCUGAGCUCUACCCGCUGCAGCCGUGCAGGAUCGAGCUCAUGGGCAUUGACAGACGGGCUGCGAUGCCCGUCGAGCAGGCCUUCGAGAACAGGGCUGGGCAGUUUGCGAAUAUGUCAUUGCUCAACCACGUUAACUACUUCUCCCAGAACAUGCAUUCGAUGGCCCAAGCGCCCCCUGCGAAGUCGGAUGGAAGCCCGACCGCGACCCAGCAGGUGGCGGAGCUCGGCGUGCGAGAUCAUCCAGCAGCAGAAGCAAGCAGUGCGGCAUCUGGCGCCGAGGCAGACUCGAAGACUAAGACUGACCCUGCAGACGAUAGAAGUCACAUCAUUGCCAUUCCAAGGCCGCCCGAGUGGACUGUGCCUGGUUCUGGUAAUGACGACGAUAACGGGAAUCCCAAUGAUAACGAGGAUUCCGACGGCGACGAGGAUUCCUACGACUCGUACACCAAUGAAUCAGAUAGCGACGGGGAAGCGGAAGGGGCCGCUUCAGACCGCGCCGAGGGAAGCUCUCAGACACUUUCCGCCGAGCGUGGGGUUGCGCUGUCGUUCCCGCACCUGGAGCUCUACAACAUUGGACUGCUCGAGCUCGUCAAGCUGUAUCUGACCAUCCAAUGCACCCGAUGCAAGGAUACCAUGGACGUCAACAACAUCCAGAACAACGCUAACGCAGAUGACACUGGUAUUCGUAGAGAGUCCUGCAAGAAAUGCGCGUACCCGAUGAGCAUAGGAUACCGCAUGGGUAUGAUGCAUGCAAACUCUGUCCGGGCCGGCUACCUUGAUCUCGAGGGAUGCGCUCCCGUUGACAUGCUCCCAAGCAACUUCAUCCCGACGUGCGCUGAGUGCGCCAUCCAAUUCCCCAGCCCCGGGGUGGUGUCGGUCCGCGGCGACUCGUCGAUGGCGACGUGCAGGGAGUGCCACAAGAAGAUGGUGUUCAAAAUUGCAGAGGUUAAAUUUCUGCUGAUCAGCGCGUCGUCAGCACAAGGAACGCGCGCAUUGCCGCGGAAGAAGGCCAAGGAAAAUCUCGGCAUCGUGGCCGGGCAGGAGCUGCCCAAACAAGGGCGAUGCAAGCAUUACAGCAAGAGCAAUCGGUGGUUCCGAUGCCACGACGCCGACGUCGAGCACACGAACAGCCACGCGAACAGGAUGAUUUG